AUGUCGGCACGGUUACGUAAUCUUAAUCCAUAUGAAUUACAUAAGUACUUGGUAAACGUUUAUUGCUUAAAUAAAAAGGGUUCAACGGGACUCUUGCAACGCGACGCAUCUAAGGAUAGGACCGACCUCGACGUUAUAAGGGAAAACCACAAGUUUCUGUGGGAGGAAGACGAGGUUGCCGACACUUGGGAGAAGCAAUUGGCUAAAAAAUAUUACGAUAAGCUCUUCAAAGAAUAUUGUAUUUGCGAUCUAAGAAGAUAUAGAGAGAACAAAGUAGCUCUAAGAUGGCGCAUCGAAAAAGAAGUCGUUCUGGGCAAAGGACAAUUCCAUUGCGGUUCUAAAGGAUGUAAUAACGACCAAGGGCUAAAGUCUUGGGAGGUUAAUUUCGCCUAUAUCGAAGAUAGGGAAAAAAAGAAUGCACUUGUUAAGCUCCGUCUUUGUCCCGAUUGUUCAGAGAAGCUUAACUAUAAGUCAAAGAAGAGAGAAAUUAAACGAAUAAAGAAAAGUCAUAAAAAGAAGAAAAAGCAGCAAAGGUCAGAUAGUGAGGAAGAGGAUGAAAUAACUGUUCCGCAGGAGGCAUCCUCAGAAGUUCUCGAUGAAGCAUCCACGUCAGGAAAGAUAAAGAAUGAAGAUGACAGUUCGUUGUGGAAAAAAGGGGCUCAAGAUACAGAAGAAAAGAGUCGAGAGGAAGAAUUCGGAGACUAUUUGGAAGAACUGUUGCUCUAA